AUGGUAGACGACUGCAUCAUGACCCAUGUCUUCCACGCCCCAGUGCACGGCAUCAUCCCAGGACGGCUCGAUGCCCCCGCAUUUGAGAAUGCGCGCCCAGCUUCGCGUCUCGUCAACGCAUACGUCUCCGUGCACUUAUCGCACGCCACAUUCGACGAUGCAAUUAACCUCUAUUGUAUGCUCUUCGCACAGCUCGUCUUGCAGAAGGACGCCGUGCCGUCGUACGUGGAGGCGCUCGAGAGGUGCACGCGGGACCGUGGCGAGCCCGAGCGCAGGCAGGCGCUGCAGUUCACGCGCGAGGUAUGGGAGGAGACGCUGCCCCUGGAGCUGGCGUGGCGGCGGGGACUCGAGCACCCCGAGGGCAACCUUGCGUCCAUCCGAUAA